AACUAUUAGGUUUGUUAGAUUUCCUAAGAACCUGCUGUCUUGCCUGUGAGGAUGUACUAAGAAGCAUGCAUAUAUGGCUUUUAGGGCAAUUGCAAUUAGCUAUAGUAAGCAAGACAGUUAAAAUUCAUCAGCCUGCUGAACAUAUCAGGCCAUACAGCAAAGGCAGCUCUUUAGUGGCCUUAACUUAUUUACUGAGUAAAUUGUGAUCUUCUGUAAGUAAAUUGUAAUACUGGACUGAAACAACCUUGGUAAAGGUUGAAGGCUGAUUUUGUUUUAAUAAUUAUCUAAUUUUGAAGUGUUUUGUUUUCAAUUUUACACCUUUCAGCUUUUUCAAUUUUUACAACAUAGGAAUAUCUUUAACUCGGAAUGUCUCUACAUCAGUUUUUACUAGAGCCAAUCACCUGCCAUGCAUGGAACAGAGACCGUACUCAGAUUGCCAUUAGCCCUAAUAAUCAUGAAGUCCACAUCUACAAGAAGAGCGGGAACCAGUGGGUAAAGGCUCAUGAGCUAAAGGAACACAAUGGACACAUUACAGGUAUUGACUGGGCUCCCAAAAGCGAUCGCAUUGUAACUUGCGGUGCAGACCGUAAUGCCUAUGUCUGGAGUCAGAAAGACGGCGUGUGGAAACCAACCCUUGUGAUCCUGAGAAUUAAUCGUGCAGCCACCUUUGUAAAAUGGUCUCCCUUGGAGAAUAAAUUUGCUGUGGGAAGUGGAGCUCGACUUAUAUCUGUAUGCUACUUUGAAUCUGAAAAUGACUGGUGGGUGAGCAAACACAUUAAAAAGCCCAUUCGUUCCACUGUCCUUAGCCUGGACUGGCACCCCAACAAUGUUUUGCUGGCUGCGGGAUCCUGUGACUUCAAGUGCAGGGUGUUUUCUGCUUACAUUAAGGAAGUGGAUGAAAAACCAGCCAGUACACCAUGGGGCUCCAAAAUGCCGUUUGGGCAGCUGAUGUCAGAAUUUGGGGGUGCUGGAAGUGGCGGAUGGGUGCACAGUGUCAGUUUUUCUGCCAGUGGUAACCGCCUAGCCUGGGUCAGUCAUGAUAGUACUGUGUCAGUUGCUGAUGCCUCAAAAAAUAUGAUGGUUUCGCAGCUGAAAACAGAGUUCCUCCCACUCCUGAGCGUGUCGUUUGUCUCUGAGAACAGUGUGGUGGCAGCUGGCCAUGACUGCUGCCCGAUGCUCUUUAACUGUGAUGACCGUGGCUUGCUGACCUUCGUUUCCAAACUAGACAUUCCAAAACAGAGCAUCCAGCGCAAUAUUUCUGCUAUGGAACGCUUCCGAAACAUGGAUAAAAGAGCCACUACAGAAGAUCGUAACACUACCCUGGAGACACUGCACCAAAACAGUAUAACCCAAGUGUCUAUUUAUGAGAUAGACAAACGAGAUUGUCGUAAAUUCUGCACCACCGGCAUUGAUGGAGCAAUGACCAUCUGGGAUUUCAAGACCUUAGAGUCAUCUAUUCAAGGUCUACGAAUCAUGUAAAGAUGGAUUUCCGUGAUCUAGCAGGACAAACUGCUUGACAGAAUGCAGCUCCUACAUCUGCACAAGCCCGAAAAGGGAGGAGGAAGGUUGAAUAUUUGGAAACACUGAGAAAAUACAGCUUGACAGAUUUUCUUUUGAAUCUAAAUUUGGUGAAUUGUGUUGGUUUCAAAAUCAGCUGUGAUUGUUCUUUUUUUUUUUUAUUUUUUUUUUCGGUUGGUUGUUUCAUUCCAUUCUUUACCAAAGCUGCUCCUUAAGUAGUUUAUUGCAGGAAGUUGUGAAUCACUAACUUAAAAGGGGAAUUUUAUGUAAAUUGUCUGCUAGAAAUAAUAAUAAUAAAAAAAAAGAAAAACUGA